AAGCCCCAAAGGGGCGGGACAAAGGGAAGAGCGUAGGGAAGCUUAAGUGUCAAAGUCAAACAAACCUGGAUCGUUUUUGUGUCAGACGAUUGCAACAUCAUCAUCCUCAUCAUCCUCCACUGCCCAUCAGAGGAGACAGGCAGCAGCAGCAGCAGCUCAGCGUUUGGAUUAAACCCAGUGAAACAGAGCCUGCCGGUGGACUGAUUCAGGCUGUUCUCAGGAAUCAUGAACUCUCUCUCGGGUAAGAGUAUGCUGUCCCUGUGUAGGGUUUUCUCUGGUGCCCAGUCUGCUGCUCUCAUUGGGGCCGUGAGGGUCUGUCACUCAGGCGUGAGCUCCAAGGGCUCUGUCUUCACCAAAAAGCGUGGCUAUGACAUUAUCAGGAACCCACACUUAAACAAGGGCAUGGCGUUCACCCUGGAGGAGAGGUUACAGCUGGGUAUCCACGGCCUGCUGCCUCCCUGUUUCCUCUCUCAGGAUGUCCAAGUGCUUCGUGUCAUGAAAAGUUACGAGACACGCAGUAACCCUCUCGACAAAUACAUAUUGCUGAUGACCCUGCAGGACAGAAAUGAAAAACUUUUCUAUCGUGUGUUGACCUCUGACAUUGAGGAAUUCAUGCCUAUUGUUUAUACUCCUACUGUGGGCCUGGCUUGCCAACAGUAUGGCCUUGCAUUCAGAAGACCAAGAGGACUGUUUAUCACUAUACAUGACAAAGGCCACAUCGCCACCAUGCUAAACUCAUGGUCGGAAGAGAACAUUAAGGCCAUAGUGGUGACGGAUGGAGAGAGAAUUCUGGGAUUAGGAGACCUGGGCAGUUAUGGAAUGGGCAUCCCAGUAGGCAAGCUGGCUCUGUACACAGCAUGUGGAGGAGUGCCACCCCAGCAGUGCCUGCCUGUACUGCUAGAUGUGGGCACUGAUAAUCAGACCCUUUUGGAUGACCCCUUGUACAUUGGCUUAAAGCACAAAAGAGUCAGGGGCAAAGAAUAUGAUGACCUCAUAGAUGAGUUCAUGCAAGCCAUCACUGACAAGUACGGGAUGAAUUGUCUCAUUCAGUUUGAAGAUUUUGCCAACAGCAAUGCCUUCCGUAUUCUCAAUAAGUACCGCAACCGUUUCUGCACUUUUAAUGAUGACAUCCAAGGCACAGCUUCAGUUGCUGUUGCUGGGGUCCUUGGUGCUCUGAAGAUCACAAAGAAUAAACUCUCUGACCACAAGUUUGUAUUUCAGGGAGCAGGAGAGGCUGCCUUGGGAAUUGCUCACUUACUUAUCAUGGCAAUGGCCAAGGAGGGUGUAUCUCAUGCUGAGGCCGUGAAGAGGAUAUGGAUGGUGGAUUCCAAAGGCCUAAUUGUGAAGGGCAGAGGUCAUGUGAACCAUGAGAAGGAGGAAUUUGCCCAUGAGCAUCCACACAUAAAGACUCUGGAGGAAGUAGUGGAAACCAUCAAGCCCACAGCUAUCAUUGGUGUGGCUGCGAUAGGAGGUGCUUUCACAGAAAAGAUAAUCAAGAACAUGGCCUCUUUCAAUGAACGGCCUAUCAUUUUUGCCCUCAGCAAUCCCACAAGCAAAGCUGAGUGCACAGCAGAGCAGUGCUACCAGCUCACGGAGGGAAGGGGCAUAUUUGCCAGCGGAAGCCCCUUUAAAAAGGUGACUUUGGCAGAUGGACGCACCUUCUACCCAGGCCAGGGAAACAAUGCCUAUGUUUUCCCUGGAGUGGCAUUGGGAGUCAUCGCCUGUGGUGUUCGCCAUAUCUCGGAUGAUAUUUUCCUUACCACAGCAGAGGCGAUAGCCGACAUGGUUACUGAGGAGCAUCUGGCUGAGGGUAGACUGUACCCCCCCCUGAACACCAUCAGAGAAGUGUCCUUCAAAAUUGCUGUUAAGAUUGUAGACUAUGCCUACAAGCAGGGCAUUGCCUCAUUUUACCCUGAACCCAAAGAUAAAGAGGCGUUUGUUUUGUCCCAAGUCUACAACUCUGACUACGACUCCUUUACCCUGGAUUCAUACAGCUGGCCCAAGGAAGCCAUGAAGCUUCAGAAUAUUUAGAAUAUAAAACUAAUACCCUCUCCACCCUCUAUAAAGGGAUUUAUUCAUAUCGAUCACAUGCCUUAUAUCUCAGUUCAUAAUCGUCUGAUGUUAAAUACCCUGCUCCAAGCCACCCAGUCCUAAAACAGUAGCUGCACCAACUGGUUUCAGGCAGCAUGUCGACACGAGAUUGCUCUAUAUCCACUGAGGACUAAAAUGAUAAAAGAAUGCAGUGUUCAUUCAAGCUCACUAUGUCUUUGCCUCCAGUGACCACCAGAUCAGUGGCCCUAAUUAAAAGGGAUAACCAGCUCUCUGUUUACAGCAGUUACAAACUCAGUUACAUUUGUUCUCCUCUCCAGUCUUUCAAUAUUAGCAUUUCAACAUUUUUAUUCACUUAUCCACUCCAACAGUUUGCCAUUUCUUAUGGCAACUGUCACUCCUGGAAAUGCAAAUAUCAGUUAUUUUUGUACAGCAUCUCCCACUAGGAAAAGACAGAAUGUCUGGUUGAAAUGAAAAGGAAUUUCCAUUACUUAGGUAAGGUAGUUAUCCAGUUGAUUGUAGUGUAAAUUAAGUGCUUUUGCGAUUGUAUUAUUCUUUUUUUUUUUUUUUUAAACAAAAGUUUUACCUGUUGGGACAUAAAGGUUAUGCCAAAGUUUGUCUGAUUUUUAAUGUAUUGUUGUCAAGUUGCAGUAAGUACUGAACAUUGUUAGCUUGAAAGAUAACCACCUGAGAAGCAAGCUAUUUGUCUGUGUUCAUUGCGGCAUGUGGAAUUGUUUUUAUGGUUUCUCUUUAUUUAGCAAUAUGCUUUGCUUAUGUGUAACGCACAACUAUUGAAUUCUAUUUUUGGAUAUUCAGGGAGAUUUUGAAGGGACAGUGACUUUUAAAUAAACUGUUUAAACAAAAAAAAA